AUGAACACCACCUUGACAAAUGAAGUGUGUUUUAAAAGGAAAAGUUUGGCUAACCCCCACCUUCCACCUAAUUUAGACUUGUUUAUUAAAAAUGUUGAAACUGACUUAUAUCACACUUGUGGGACGAGUUACUUAAGUUUUAGCAAUAAUUUAAGUAAACAGGAAUUUGAAGCACUUUCCAGUUUGAAAAGGAAUAACGACAUAAUCAUACGCCCUGCGGAUAAAGGUGGACUUAUUGUUAUUUUGGACAGGUGUUUUUAUGUCCAGUCUAUGAUUGAUAUGCUCUCAACCAAUGCAUAUUUGAGUGUUAGUGUGGAUGAUGUAAAUAAAUCAUGUCAACUUGUGUUGAAUAUGCUGAAAGAGUGUAAAACUUUAGGAUUAUUGACGGAUGAGAUGUAUAACUACCUAUUGGUUGAGUAUCCCAGAGUCCCCUGUAUUAACGGACUUCCAAAAAUACAUAAACACAAAGUUUUACCACCUUUUAGACCAAUUGUUGCGGGCGAAGGGUGGCUCACUGAGCCGAUCUCGAUUUUUAUAGAUCAUCAGUUGAAAUCCGUCCUUUCACGUAUUCCCUAUGUGUUAAAGGAUACAGGACAAUUCCUUGGUGAUUUGCAUGAAUAUGUCAACAAUCAUGAUGUAGAGGGAACACUCCUUGUUACUAUGGAUGUCGUUUCCCUCUUCACUUGUAUUCCUAUGGAUAAGGGCAUAAAUAUGGUGAAAGAAUUGAUUUCUGAAUUUUUAACGAGUACAGAGCUAAUGAAAGAAUUUCCUCUUCUUAACAUGUUGAAUAUACAUGAAAAUUUAAUAGAGGCAUUACUGGAAUUACAAGCCUAUGCAGAUGUCCAAGCACUAUUGGCCAAGUAUGAUGACAUCAGCUUGCCAAAGUCUGCAACAAUAUGUUAUACAGCUGCAUUGUUGAAAGCGAGAGCUGUUUCAGAUAAAUUCUCUCCAGAAAUGGCAUCUCGUCGAGGGCUUACCACAGCAGAAAUGAAUGCUGUAGAAGCUAUACACAGAGCAGUAGAGUUUAAUCCACAUGUACCAAAGUAUUUGCUAGAAAUGAAAAGUUUAAUUUUACCGCCAGAGCACAUUUUGAAACGAGGAGACAGUGAAGCCAUAGCUUAUGCUUUCUUUCACCUCCAGCACUGGAAGCGGGUAGAAGGAGCUUUAAAUCUAUUGCACUGUACGUGGGAAGGAACAUUUCGAAUGAUUCCAUAUCCACUAGAGAAGGGUCAUCUUUUCUAUCCUUAUCCCAGUUGUACAGAAACGGCAGACAAAGAGCUGCUUCCAUCAUUUCAUGAAGUUUCAGUGUAUCCAAAAAAGGAACUGCCCUUUUUCAUCUUGUUCACAGCAGGGCUUUGUUCAUUCACAGCAAUGUUGGCCCUCCUCACACACCAAUUUCCUGAACUGAUGGGUGUCUUUGCAAAAGCUUUCUUCAGUACACUUUUUGCACCUUUCAACUUCGUUAUGGAAAAGAUGGAAACCUUCAUGCCAUCCAGCCUUUGGCAUCAGCUAACAAGAAUCUGACAGAGGGCACACACUAAGCAAGAACCCAUGCUGUCCUCAGGAACUUUUAACCACAUUUAUUGGUGAAGUGUGGGGUUUACUAAGAAAGGAUGACAGACAAGCUGCAAUUCCCACACACAUUUCAUUACAAAUAUCUGUGAUAAUGGUGCUUAAACUGGAAAAAAAACUUCACUGAGUUUACAAUUUAUAUGAACAUGAACAGUGUACUUCACUGACUUAUCGAUUGUCAUAUUCAUGCUAUCGUCACCAAGCACUUAUUUUCUUUUGGCAUAAUAAAAACAAACCCCCCAUGGAUACUAAAUCAUCAAGACAAUGUGUUUUGUUUCCCUUGUGUUUUUGUGAUAAUUUAUACUAGCAUUAUACAUGCAUCAGUUCUUACUGGCCUGCAGUAAAACAAUGUAGACUUUUUAAUUCUUCUAUAAGUGUUUACUAUUUUUGUAGUGCUUUGAAAGCACAGUCCUUCACUAUGCAUAUAACCGCAUAUGGUUUUCAUUGAAACAGUUCAGUAAUAUUUUCUUGUGUGGAAUUGUCUUUAUUUAUUUGAAGGUCAACAAGUUUCCUACAACACUGUGUCCAAUUUUUCAGGCAGCUAAGAAGACCUCUCAAAUUAUAUAUGCCAUGUCUUCUAGAUUCAAGCCAUUUGAAACAGGUACUCUGAUUCUGAUGUCUGCUGUGGUGUUUGUUGCCAAGUCAUCGUACUUUGUUUCUUAGAAAUACUUGAACUUUUUCUAUCCAGUGGGAAUUUGUGAACUUAGGCAACUUACAUGUGUACUGGUCUUUGAGCAAGUGAUUAAUUAAAGUUUGGCAUUUGAGAUGACAUGUGAAAUGCAAAUGAUACAAGCAUGAGUAUUUUUACUCUGCUUAGAACUUGCAAUCUUGAAACAAUAAAAUGGUUAGUCUAAAAAUA